CGUAUCGCGUAUGCGUAUACCUAUAUACCUACGUGCUACGCUUCUACCUACGUUAUCAAACCAAGGGAAUAACGUAGGGAUUGCUGUUGUUUUUUUUCCCCUCCGAGCGUGUAUGCGAAUCCGUACGGGUUCCAUGCAUCUCGACGGAUCACCUCUCCGCAGACCGUUUCACUCUCGCGAUAGAACGAUGGAUCAACCCCGAGUUAUUGCUUUGACACGAUGACACGAUUGUACCACGGGAACGUGAUCAUACUAUGAAUGGAGGUCUGUUAUCGAGUUUACUUUUCAUCUAAAGUGAUCGAACGAAAGGUUGCCGAUUCCAAACAAGUUAGACAGAACAAACUCUAUGGGUUUCCUCAGAAUCUCUUCUGGAUAUUAUUAUUAUUUCUUAGAAAUUCACCGUAAUUGGGAGUGCCGCUGUGUUGAACCGCAGUUGAACAUGCUCCAAAAGUAUUGCUCUGAAUUUUCUGUUACAUACUACAAGGAAAGAUCGGUUCUUUAUGUUACGAAUGUAUUAUGGUGUCUCGAGCAGCUCAUUUGAAAUCUCGAGCAGAUUACCCGCAAAUGUCAUGCGAACUCUUGAUUAAGAAGACCGCGAACGGUGUAUCAGUGAAACUGGCAUGAAAAUGUGAUGUUAAGUGGCCUCUGUGGUGUUCUACAAACGGUGCUUAACCUAACUUUUCUUCGACGCUUCUACACGGCGUUUUCUUGCGAGAGACCUACAGGCAGCAGGCUAAAUAAUAAAAUCUCAGAGCACAUCUCAGCCCCAGUAACACCCCUCCAUGUUUGUCUGGAGGAACAAAGAGGACCAAAACUGGGCUCUUGUGACGCCUCGGCUCGUAAGCCACAGGCUAAAAAGUUAUUUGAAAAGCAGGAAGCAGAAGAAAGGUGUAGUGAAGAAGAAGCGGAGACUGAACUUUUUAGACUCGAGGCAGAAGAUUUAAAACAGAGUCAUUCGAGCAUGGCCAAUACUAUCAGUAAUAUGAAAAUGACCAACCGCAUCAAGGGACUCGUGAGCAAACGUCGCAAACGGUUUACAGAAGAUGGUUUUGAUCUUGAUCUCACAUAUAUCAGGGAUAACUUGAUAGCAAUGGGUUUCCCCGCUGAAAAAUUAGAAGGGGUUUAUAGAAAUCAUAUUGACGAUGUUGUUAAAUUCCUGGAGUCCAGGCAUAAAGACCAUUAUAAGAUUUACAAUCUCUGUUCAGAGAGGACGUACGACUUUAAAAAGUUUAAACAACGGGUAGCUACUUAUGCAUUCGAUGAUCACAAUCCACCGAUGCUGGAUCAAAUAAAACCAUUUUGCGAUGACGUCCACCAAUGGCUUUCCGAGCACCAAGAAAACGUAGCUGUAGUUCACUGUAAAGCGGGUAAAGGUCGAACAGGCGUAAUGGUUUGUUGUUACCUUCUUCACACCAAACAAUUUCACACAGCCACAGAAGCUCUUAAUUAUUAUGGAACUAAAAGGACGCACGAUAGGAAGGGGGUAACGAUACCUUCCCAGAGAAGGUACGUCGAUUAUUAUGCCACUCUUGUAAAGGACGGUUUGAACUAUCAACCGGUGAAGUUGUUGUUGCGGAAAAUAGAAUUAGAUCCAGCACCUAUAUUUCACGGAGGUCAGGGAUAUUUGCAUUGUGUGAUAUCCGAAUCGAAAGAGAGGAUAUUCAGUUCGGAUAUAGUAGAAGUACGAAAAGGAAUAUCGACUGUCUGUAUCCCCUUGAAACAUAGCGUCGCGUUAACAGGGGACGUACGAGUGGAUUUUUUUAAUAGACCAAAAAUGAAGCGAAAGGAGAAAUUGUUUCAUUUCUGGUUCAAUACAUUCUUUGUACGGGACUGCUUUACGCCAGAAUACGAUAACGGAGAGUUACCGAUCGAUCGAUCGACAAGGGCAUUGAGUUGCGAUGGCACGACUAUGGAGUUGCCAAUGGUAAUGCCGCACGUGAAGCCUAGAACCGGAUCAUUGGCAAGCCUCGGACCUAUGCCAGCUACACUCGUCUUAAGUAUAGAUAAAUGGGGUUUGGAUAACGCACAUAAGGAUAAACAUCACAAAGCUUACAGUGCGGACUUUAAAGUUAGCUUAUUUAUGCAUCGAGUGGGCGGUAGUAUGUCCCAAACUGUGCCAGCAACGGCAAACAGAACAGGGGAGGGUAUACGAAUAGGGAUGGGAGGACAAGAAACUCCCAGUGAAUCGAGUGAAGUGGACAGCAGCGAAUGUGACACGACUGGGGAUACAACCGGAGAUGAAGAUGGGGAAUUUGUGGACAUGGACCAACGAGUCGGCCGGUACCGCCUUCUCUCGAACGGAGGAACGAUAGACGUUUUGUGAGUUCAUCGCCAGUCAUCCAUACAUGGGAACACCACCUUUCUACCUUGGUACCGCGCGAACUUUCGUUUUCCAACUGUACCAACUGUAUCGACUGUAUCGCGUGUGCCGUUACGUCGUUCGACCGGAGUUCGCUGAACGAUACAUAGAACGUUGCCACGACGCUGUCACGUCGCAUGAAACGAUGCCCCGAACCAACGAAUCGUCUCGGAACUCGAGCACUCUUUUUUUCUCUCAACUCCACACGUGUUACCAUUUCGUUCUUCCGACUUUCCGACUGAUCCGCACCCUCUUCGUUCCCAUUUCCUUUCCCUAACUCUCUCUCUCCCUCUCUAGCAUGUCGCUGUUUUACACUCACACACACAUACACAGACAUUCUCACUCUCUCGUUAUUAAGCGAAAAUGUAAGAUGAUUCGUGUAUCAUCGGUUACCAUCAACCCGGCAUCGUCGAGAAUCGACGAUCAGACGUUAACCCGCACGCGAAAUACGUUCUAUGUAACGUUCCUUCCAUGUUUUUCUGCCGUCGAUCGGUUAAACUCGAGAAACUAGUAGAGUUCCGUCUGUAACGCGGUCGCAGGGUGUUCAUCAGCCGUGCCCGAGCGAUCGCGUUGGUCGGUUGACGAUCGACGAAACUGUCUUUCGUAGGUAACGCGUCCAGAUGGAAUCGUAUCCCGUUCAAAGAGGAAUAGGUAUUUUCGUAACGUCGGUAGAUCGUAAAUUCGCGGCGGCGGCGGCAGCGGCGGCGAUGACGACGAUAGCAAGCGUGACUGCGACUACGACUGCGACUACGACUGCAAUAAUAGCACGCCGAACGGCAACGGUAACGAAUAGAACGAUAAUGAUAACAGCGAUGACGCUCGUCGACGAUAGCGAUCGCGGCUAGAGCAAAAAUCCUGGUAUCAGGCCAAGCGAAGUGCGUGUGCACGCUGUAAACGGAGAAACGUCGCGUCGAUAGGGUCGUCGCCGUUAUCGGUACUCGUCCGAUUCACGAUAAACCUGUACCUCUCCGAAGAAUGGCUACGGUUUGCCGAGCGCACGGAACGGAGGAUCCCGAGGAGCGCGAGACGUGCUCGACAGCAAAGCCGACGUCGACGCCGACGCCGAUGCCGACGCAGACACCGUCCUUCCCGACGAGUUUACCGAUUUCUUCGAUGCAUCGCGCCGCGACAGCCCGAUUUCCCUUCUCGUCCCGCGGUCGUCGUCGGGUUCCCCUCGCGAUCACGCGUUCGUUGAAACGAGAACCCGCGUCCACGAUUCGGAUCGCGGGCGCCGCGAGAGUAUAAGAGAGCGCGCGAUGUUCCUAGAGUUAUAACGGAACCGAGGACAACUGCGAAAAGAGUGCUCGGUCGAGCCGAUGUCGAAGCGGAAGCGUGUAACAUAUGUAUGUAAAAUGAGCGUGAACGCGCGGGAUGUGUCACGAAGCGAGCGAAUUCGCGGCGAGCGAGCAAAACCGGGUCCCGUUUCGCGGGGAGCGGCGAGAGCCACGACGAAACGGAGACGCUUGGGUCCAGGUUGCGAUUGUUCGGAGGACGAAGCGACUCGACCGUUUCAUCGCGGACGCGAUCGUCGACCGAAAGCGUAGGGCGACAACCGAUUUCCCUUGGGAGCAUCCGCGUCCCGCCGAGAUCCAUCGCGCGGUUCAACUGUUCAGGUCCCGUUGUAGAGAAACGUUCGGCGGACCAGCGAGUUCGGCUGGCGCGACGGCGAACGAUCGACGGACAUGAUUAUUUUAGCGUCACGCCCCGCCCGGAACCGAGUCCUUCCAAAGAGAGAGAGAGAGAGAGAGAGGAUACGAUCUCGAGAGCGAGCACGAGUAGAAAAUGGAAUCUGGACGCUUCGCGACGAACGGUGUUGUUCGCUCGAGCGACUUAUCGGACGUACCUCAUCGCUCGCGGACGUGAUCUUCCCAGCGUAACAAUAUGGAUUUAAUUAGAGUUAGUUUACGGUACGAUAAAUACGUUAGUACGCAAUUCACGUAAGGAUGUCGAUAGCAUGUGUUGGAAGGAACGCAUUCCCACGGGUUCGAGUUAAGUUCAAUAACGCGCGUACUCCUACGUUCCAUUUUUCUGUUGUCGGAACGAGGCACCCUUCGCGAGAUAACGAACCGACGAGAAGAACGAGAGGAUAGAGAAUUGAGCGAAGCCGGGAAGGGAUGGAACGGAUAGAGAAGGUGUAGAGGAGGGGAGGAGGAGGAGGAGGAGGAGGGAGGGAACGAAGAAGAAGAAACGAAUCGGUCGGGGAUCGAGCCGCGGAAACGGAGGAAAGAAACGCGAGAGCGAGCGAUAGUCUCCGCGAGAGUAGAACGGGCCAACCGAUCGGAUUACGAGUCGUCCAAACGGAUUAGUAAAUUUACCUCGUUCGAAGAGUUUUUAAUUACAUCGCGCUCGCGGAUCGUCGAACUCGAACGUCGACGGUCCACCGGGCGAUCGUCGCAAUCCUUCGUCUCUUGUUUUUGUUCUCCACCCGCCGAAAACUAAACCCAAGGUAAACUUACUAAUAUACGUUCCUUUUAACCCUUGAACGAUAAUAGCAAUACGUACGCGCGAUAUCGUUAGCCCGCGCGAUACGUACACGCUUCUCGAACGUAUUUUUUCUCGUACGGAGUCCACGAAUACCGUUUUAUAAGUGACACCUUUUAAGAUUAACUUUUAUAUGUUUCAUGCGGAAUGUUCGAAAAUAUAAAUAAGAUGCAUUAUUUUCUCUGUGAUAAUUAUAUGCGAGCAAACUGUCCAAACUUGUCCCCUUCCAACCGACCGUUUUGCUUUCGAUUCUUU